AUGGCGGCGUCCGGCGAGCCGGAGCCGGAGCCGUCCCCGGAGAAGCCGGCAGCGGCACUGGCCUGCCGCUUCUUCCUAGAGGGCCGCUGCCGCUUCGGUUCGCGCUGCCGCCAGCCGCACCCGGGGGCGCCGGCGCCCGAGCAGCCCUGUGACGCGAGCCCAGCUCAGGCCCAGGCCGGACCGGGGGACAAGAAGCCGCCGCUGCGCACGGCCGCCGCCGUCAUCCAGCGCAUCCGCUGGGACCCGCGCCUCGACCCGGCCGACUUCUCCGUGGGCUACGCCGACCGCUUCCUGGGCGUGCGGGAAGAGCCCUUCAGCGCCUUCUGCUGGGACGCGCCCCUCGCCGCGCUCGGCCCGGGCGUCCUGGCCAUCCCGCAGCACCGCGUGCGCUACUUCCGCUUCCGCGGCCGCCUGGUCUGGGACCGCGCCUCGCGCACGGACCACGUCUUCGGUUCGGGGCUGGCCGACGGCCGCGGGCCUACUAUCCUGGAGGCGCUGGACCGGGAGGCACCCGGCCCGGGAGACCCCGACGAGGGCGCGCUAGACUUUGAAGGCCCUUAUGGGAAUGCCCCUGUCGGGGAAAUGCUCGACCAGAGCGAACCCGGAGCGCUGGAUGCUGACAGGCUGGAGACUAGGUGCGGAGCGUCUGGAGAGCAAGAGAUGACAGAUCUGGGCGCCGCCGGCAGGCCGGACACGCCAUGUAGCGCGGCGGAGGCCCUAGCGGUUCCGCAAUCCGACACAACCGGGCAGCGAGGCACCUGGGAGAUGGGAGGGGAACCGACCCUAACGGAGGCCGCCAGGGCCACGGCUCAGACAGACAACGAGGCUGGAGUCCCAGCAGGCCUGGAGGUGGGGUGGGGGCCCAGGGCCUGGAGCACAGCAGGCCCUCGACAGCCCAGACCCACGCACUUCGUGGCCCUACUGGUAACCGAGCCUGGGCUGCUGGCCCAAGUGGCACAGGCCCAGGCACUCCUGGAAGAGGCGGCACCGGCCUGUGCGUCGUUCCUGGUGCCCGCACAGGCCCUGCACCUAACGCUGGCCCUGCUGCGCCUGACUGGCCUUGGAGAGGAGGCAGCCGCUGCCCAGGCUCUGAGCAAGGCCCUCUCCCACCCGGAGCUACGCACACCCCCAGAACUGAGGUUCAGGGACCUGGUCCUUCUGGGCCCCCACGUGCUCUGUGCACCCCCGUUCCCAACACUGGAGAACACAGCUGAGAUGCUGUGCCAGAGACUAGAGGCCGAUGGACUGGGAGUGAUACGGCCACCAGGUGGGCUGCGCCCCCACCUCACCUUGGCUAAGGUGCCCCAAGGCUCCCCGGCCAGCCUCCCGGCGCUGAGCUUCAGCCUGCAGCCGGAGCGGGCCAGCCAGACCGUGGACAGACUCUGGCUCUGCCGGAUGGGCAGGGCGGGUGAGGCCUACAGGGCCCUUACAGAGAUCCCCCUGAGGUGACUACCCACCCCACCCCAAGGCAGCCAGGGCAGGGCGUCAGGGCUAAGCCAGGCGAGCUGACAGCUGGCAGAACGACUGUUGGUGCACGCGCGCUCUCUCCUUUUAAUGUGGUGUCUCUCAAGCUUCCACAGGGCGCUCAGUGCUCCGAGGAAGGAACGAAGGAAGGAAGGAAGGGGAAGGGAAGAGGGGGAGGGGAGGCAGAAGAGGAGGAACAUCUGGAAAAGCAGCCUGACAGUCCAGCUGUUUGAACUCCUUGCACAUCAUCCAGUUACAUGGCAGAGGAGGAGGAGGAAAGAAAAGGGGGAGAAAAAGAACUUAAAUAAACACACAGAAAAAGAAACGAGAAGGAAGAUGGCUGAGUGAGCUGGUGAUCCAUGGA